CGUUACUCAAAAGCGCUGUUCCAGUCGCAGUCAUUUAAGUUCAGGCGCUGAGUAUCUUACACGAGGACGAAAGAAGAACACGAAUUUUCGUUCAUAACUGGAAAAUAAGUUGUACCUCUCCAUACAAGUUCAGUCUCGAUUUAGGAUAGAACAGAGAACGUGCAAGAAGCGUAUGAUUGUAAAGAUCCAUUUGAAUUUAACCAGAUCUUGACACGUAUCCACGGUAUUGCUGCCACGGGUAAAAGUUAAAAUGUAGAUGGUAUUCUAUCAAAUACUUUAUUUAACGACAAGAGUUGAAAACGUGUCGUCUUCACGCCGAAAGGGAUACUGUCACUCUACAUUGAAAGACCCUUUAUUUAAUUUGAAGAAGAGACAUCGUUUGCAUGAAACUGUUGCAAGAUCGGAGCAGUGAAUGCAGCUACACCUCACUGGACGUGUGGAGAAGUGUGAAACGGACUGAAGAGCGCUUCAUCUCUGUCCAUACUCCACCGCUAGCCAGCCCUUGUGUGACCCUUGACCUCAAACCCACCCUGAAGCCAACCAUCAUGUCUCUGAGCACGUUCCACCUGAUGCAGACCCUCAAGAACUCCCCGGCGGCCCUGCGACGCCACUUCCAGCGGGACCGCACAGAGUCUUUGUCCCACGGCGACCCGCUAUUCAAGGUCCACUACCUGGGCACGGAAAAGAUUUUCUCCCUGGACCGUGACCAGGCCCAGGACGCUAUAAGCCGCCUGUUAGAAGGGGCUGCCAACGGCAAGAAGCUGAGCAAAGAUCACGCCCUUGUGGUACGCCCGCGAUAUGUGGAGGUCAAGGAACUGAGCACGGGCCGACAGCUCACCAAAACCUACCUGCAGGACAUUGCCUACUGUGCCGCUGAUACCAACCGCCCCAACGUCUUUCUCUACAUCUGUAAGCAGCGCGGGCAGCAGCUGCAGUGCAGGGUGUUCUGGUGUAGCCGGGCGGAGCGGGCACGGGACAUGACCGCCUGCCUGGCACAGUCUUUCCAACAGGCGCUGAGUGCCUGGCAGCAGGACGACACGGCCACGCUCGCCCAUGGAGAGGGGAAGUCGAAAGGGGGAGAGGAGAUGACGUCGAGCCCCAGCAUCCCUAGGAGCUGUAGCACGCUACCCGCCAGUCUAGGAAAAGUGCGCUGGAAGAAGAGGGGCUCCUUGUCUCACAGUCCCCUCAGGGCCAUCACAAGGAGGGGGUCCACUUCUGAAAGCUGGAACUGAGACCUAGACCAUCAAGCAUGGACUUUUUACUGAUGACGCCCCACUAGGGGGUCCGCACGGAGGGAGGGAGGGACUGGAUGAGGGAAUGGAGGAAAAGGAGUCCACAGGGCUACAGGAUGACCAUUUCCAGACGAGUCGUUUCCUUCGUCAGUGGGUCUACAGUUGGCUGUAUUUGUAUUUCAAGAACAGUGCAGACUCGAGAAACUUUUGUUUGCUGCUGACGUGGGAAAACUUGCUUACAAGGCGUUUGGGAUAGGCAUUCCACACGUGAUGAGAGCUGAUUCUUCACAUCGUGUUGGAAGAACGCGACAAGCUCCUUCCAUAGCCAUCUGUUUCAUCAAAACACUGUCCUGACAUUUAAGCUGGUUUGGUCUUCUGACUAAAGGACUUUUGGGACUUAAAAUCCAACAAAAAAUGCAUUGCAGGCCACAUAAAUUGCUAAAACAGGUUACUGCAAAGCUGUUCUUCUUAUUAAGAUUAUUUAUUUAUUUUACAGAGGUAUCUGUGUCAUGAUGUUUUUACCCUCUGGUCCAAACCUCCCAUCUUUGUCUAAAUAUGCUUGUUUUUAGCUAGAAGGUAGAGGAGUUCUGGAAAAUGCAGUGAAUUUUGGGACAUGUUUGCCUUGGAAGAGGGAGGUAAAUAAGCUUGUUGUUAGUAGAUGGGGGAGGGGGGGGGUUCAAUGCACUAUAAGGCAGUAAGUUUAUUAUUCAAAUUUUGUUAGUUUUUAUUGUUUUUUGCUGGCAACUAAACAAGUACCGUUUCGGCUGUCAAACUGUUGUCACAUUGCUCAAGAUUAUUGUCCCUCGAACUUCAAAAGGUUUACUAGAAGUCUUUGGCUUCCAUGACUUGUUGGACAGACCUAGUAACUUUUGUGUUUGAACAAAAACCCACUAAACAAACUCAGAAGCAUCCUGCUAUAGCAGGUUUGUCAGUGAUCACUACUGCGAUGAUCAUUUGCAUUUACGUGGAUAAAUCACUUGAAUGAUUAGAAAGUGCCUUGCUGCUGCUACUCUGUAAUGCCUGUACCACUGGGAACCAGGAACAGCGUGUUCCAGUUUGGAAUGUUGGGCUGUGCACCUGCAUUCCUGAGACGUUCAAGUUCUAGAACCCACCUUAUAGUCCCUCCACCAUCACUGUUUCGUAGCAUUCACAUGUUAGUGUGGCCCCCAAGCCCGAAUACCUCUCCGUCUGCAUGGUCACACACAGACACACCGUCUCUCCUUACACACUUUUCUCAUGCCAUGCAAGCGCAUUCCACAAUGUAGCGACAUCUCUACUCAGACAACCGUUAGUCAGGUUACAAAAGUAGGACAGGUUUUUGUGGAUUUUUAAAUCCACCUAGCUACAGUAUUGCUUAAGAGUUAGGAUUGCACAUGCUUUAUACUUUAUGGUUUGCAAUGAGAGACGGAAAGGAGAGGGUUGUGUUCUGGCUGUUCCUUAGUCUACCACCCCACACCAAACCUUAACACAAACUACUACAUUUGUGGCAAGGCUAGAGGGAGAUGCAUGCAUGUUUUACAGUUAAAGUGCCUCCAUUUUAAUUUUAUUUAUGACUGACUGGUUUUGUCAGGGAAUUCAUGUUUUAACAAUUUUUUUUCAUUUGUGUGUAUCCUAAAUGUAUCUUAAACUACAAAAAAGGCACCCUAAUUUUAAGGGAGCACAAGUGCCUGCUUUAAGGUCAGAUUUUUUUUGUUUAUUUGUCCUUGUGUAUAUAUUUUAUAUGUAUUUUAUGGAAUAAUAAACUUUUAUACAAC